UACUGUUAAUCAAACCUGCAGCACACAUUGGAGGUAAGGAGACAGACUCCACACUGCUGCUAGAGAUGGGGACAGAGAGUGAGAUCAUGCUGCAGCUCGCAGUGGAGGCUUUCCAGUCCAAAAACUUUGACCUGGCUGCGGAUAUCUACGAGUGUCAGUUAGCGGGUAUUGGAGAUCCAGGGAGCCGGCAGGAGCUGAUGGUGAAGCGGGCGGACGCUCUCGCAUUCGGGGGUAAAUUCACGGAGGCUUUUGGUCUGUACCGGCAAGCCUCGGAGAUAGAUAGACUCAGAUCUGCUCACCUGGACAACCUCAUUGAGUACCUGACGGGUAGUAUCAGGAGGCAGGAUGCGGGUGAGAGUCAACCCAGCAUCCCGAGAAGAGAAGAGGCAGGGGCGGUGGCGGCGGCAGCAGCAGCAGCUGGAUGCCCCGGUGUUGGUGCUACAGGUUGCGGGUAUGAAGACUUCACCUGCCGGAUCUGUCUGAGCUCCCUUUUCGAGCCUGUGACUCUGCCGUGCGGACACUGCUUCUGCAAGAAGUGUCUGGAGAGGGAGAGGAAGGAGAAGGACCGGCCGGUAGUGUGUAAGGAGUGCGGGGACACCUCCGAGGGGGCAAUCGGACAGACUUACAGGGUCAAUGUGAUUCUCAGUAACCUGCUGGCCAAGUGGUUCCCGGCCCUGCACCAGGCCGGCCAGCUGAGGCGAGAGGGCAACGGGCUAUACGCUGAGAAGAAGAUGCAAGCCGCUCUGGAGAAAUACAACCAAGCCAUACUGAUGGCACCUACAGACCACAUACUGUUCAGCAACCGCUCCCAGAUCCACUCCAGUCUGAAACACUAUGAAAAGGCUCUGAGAGACGCUGAGAUGGCCUGCAGACUCAUGCCUCUUUGGUCAAAGGGUCACGUUCGAAAGGCUCAGGCCCUGGUAUCGCUGGGCAGGACCGAGGAGGCGUUGAGAGAGUACCUGGUGUGUCUGUCCAUAGAGCCGGACUGUAGACUGGCCAAGACCGAAGCUCACAAGCUCCUCGGUGAUGUCCUGGCUCCAGUAACAGAUCAGGUCCCUGAACACAUCUCAGACUACUCCAACAUCCUGUCUUGUAGAGCGCACAUCAAAAACAGCACCGUGGCUCCCUCUCAGACCCUCAGUCCUGCCCAGUGGUCGUCAGAGUCCCGUCGUUCCUCUGCUCCUCCUGUGCCUGAGUGGUCAGACAGCAGUAAAGUCAAAAGUCAGGGACACUUAGAGACCAGGAAGCUGGACCACUGCUCACUCCUCAAACGAAAACAAAAGAGCACAGAGGAGGAGACGGACGAGGGAGGACAGGAGAGGAGGGACGAUCGCAAGAGAUUCAAGUCUGAGCCCGCAGAGGGGACUGAGUCAUUGGGGUGUGUGACUGGUGGCCUCCUGGACCCGACUGAUCUGGAAUGCUCUCUUUGUAUGAGACUGUUCUAUGAGCCGGUCACGAUGCCCUGCGGUCACACCUUCUGUCUGCAGUGUCUGGAGAGAUGUCUGGACCACAACCCAAAGUGUCCACUCUGUAAAGAAGAGCUGUCUGAGUACCUGGAGCAGAGGCAGUACAGCAAAACAGUGUUAAUGGAGAAACUGAUAUCUAAGUAUCUUCCCUCCGAGCUCAUGGAAAGACAGAAAAUCCACCGGGAGGAGAUGGCUGAGUUUUCAAAUCUUAACAAGAAUGUGCCUAUAUUCGUGUGCACCAUGGCCUUCCCCACUGUGCCGUGUCCUCUCCAUAUCUUCGAGCCCUGCUACAGACUCAUGGUUCGACGGUGCAUGGAGACAGGAACCAACUGCUUCGGCAUGUGUCUGGGAGAUAACCUCAAAGGCUUUGCAGACUACGGGUGCCUGUUGGAGAUCCGUGACGUGCAGUUCUUCUCUGACGGCCGCUCAGUUGUGGACACCAUCGGCAGACGGAGGUUUAAAGUCAUUCAGCACAACGAGAGGGAUGGAUACAAUACAGCUGACAUAGAAUAUUUGGAGGAUAUUAAGGUGGAGGGCGUGGCGGAGCGGGAACUGCAGUCCCUUCAUGAUGUGGUGUAUGACCUGGCCCUGGUUUGGGUCAAUUCCCUGAAGGCUGAGCAGAAGGAUCGUAUUGAAGGACACUUUGGACCCAUGCCUGAGAAAGACUCUGUACUUCAGCCCAGUCCUAACGGACCGUCAUGGUGUUGGUGGUUAUUAGCCGUUCUUCCACUAGAGGGUCGAGCCCAGCUACCGUUCCUGGCCAUCACCUCUCUGAAAGAUCGCCUCAGCGGGAUCCGCAAAGUGCUGCUCUUCAUGGCCCACAACACCAGGCACCGGUGACAUGCUCUCAGCAAGCGUUCACCAGCCUGAAAAAAUGCAGUAACCCCCUGGCCUACAACACCCUCUCCUCCCCCUAGACAGCAGUUGACCUGCUGCUCUUCCUUUUUGAUGCACAAAGAACUGAUGUUGAUGUUAUUGCGCCUUCCCUCUUGUAGCUCCGUCCAUCUACACAUCAACAACGAACUCAGACUAAAAAAACAAAGACAAUAUAGAUCUGAAUUAAUAGAUA